AUGCCACUUCAGUCACGUCAGUCUGCUUCCUAAACUGUGAGGAUGAGGUGGUGUCGCGCUCUUUAAAGACUGAUAUGUAAAUAAAGUGGAAAAAAGUUCAGGAUGGAAAGCAACAGUCUUUGCAACAGCCUACUGAAAUGGCUGGAGACGUUCCCGGGUCGCGAGGGAACCUCUGUGCCUCAGCUGACCGAUGGCGUCGUCAUGGCAACCGUCCUUCACCAGAUCGCACCCGAGUAUUUCUCCCAGUUCUGGUUAGCGAAGAUUAAGGAGGACGUCGGGGACAACUGGCGCCUCAAGGUGUCCAACUUGAGGAAGGUGCUGCAGGGCAUCGUGGAUUACUUCCAGGAGCAGCUCAACCAGAACAUCAAGCACUUCCCGCUCCCGGACCUCAACAAAAUAGGCGAACACAACGAUGAAGUGGAGCUCGGGAGGAUGUUGCAGCUGAUCCUUGGCUGCGCCGUCAACUGCGAGAGCAAACAACAGUACAUCGAGGCCAUCAUGAACAUGGAGGAGCGCGUGCAGAAGGUGAUCAUGGAGGCCAUCCAGGAGCUGAUGCUGAGGGAGAGCUCCCCGGGAAUCCUCGGCCCCGACGGCGACCCGCGGACGGAACUCGGCCCAGCGUCCUUCCACCCGCACAUCAAGACGGUCCUGGAGCAGCUGGAGGCAGCCACGCAGACCAGGGACGAGAUGAUGCAAAGGUGCCUCGAGCUCGAGCAGCAGCUCUCUGUACUGAACGAAGAGAAGAGCACCUUAUCAGCUGAAAACGAGAAGUUGUUAAAUCGACUUGAUGCCCUAGAGACGGGAGGAGACUUGGGCACUUCGACCCUGCGCUACAAGGACCUCAAGAAGCAAAUCGACGGGCUUCAGGAUGAGCUCUAUAAGCUGGAGACAUCCCGAGAUGAGUACCGAACAAAAGCUGAAGUCCUGGAGAGAGAGAACCAGGAGAUCCAGGCACGAAAUGAGGAGCUGCAACAACUGGCAGAUGAAGCACGAUCACUCAAGGAUGAAGUUGACGCUCUAAGAGAGAUGAGUGAGCGUGCAGUAGUCUACGAGGGCACAAUGGAGACAUACAAAAAGAAGUUGGAAGAGCUAAGUGACCUCAAGCGGCAGGUCAGGAUCCUUGAGGAGAAAAACUCAGAUUAUAUGCAACACAAUAUGGAACUAGAAGAGGAGGUCAAAAAGAGUGGAACAUGGAGACCACAACUGGAUCUCUACAAAAAGCAAGUUGCUGAAUUGCAUCAGAAGCUGGCUGAUGAGGCCAAAAAGACAGAUCGUCAGAUAUUUGAGAACAAGAAACUUGCUGAAAAAAUGGAAGCCAUUACCCAGGAGAAAGAUCGCCUUACAAUGGAACGAGAUCAACUCAAAGAAAGUUUGGAAGAGUUGAAGUGUCACAUCUCUACACUGACCUCACCAGACACAACAUCUCGCCCUCCAUCGGAUCUUUCAGAUGUUGACUUGCUGGAGGUUAUUCCACAUGACAUUAGGCAAAAGCUUAUAAGACUUCAGCAUGAGAACAGCAUGCUGAAACAACGUGCAGCAGAAGGAGACAGCUCAGAACAAUUGCCAGUGCUGCAGACUUUGGUUUCUGAUCUUCAGGAGCGACAAAAUUCAUUAACACAGGAGAACAGACAACUGAAUCAUCGCAUUAUGGAGCUAGAGAGUGAGGUGGAAGAGGCAAAGGCAUCAUCAGUUAUGGCUCCUAUGGCCAUGGCUGCAGCAUCACCAUCAAGGUCUGCAGGAGGAAAGAAUGGUGAUGUAGAUAGAAAGAUGGCAGAGCAAAGUGAGAGGAUUGCAUCACUGGAAGAAAGUCUUGCAAAGAAGGAAAGUGAGAUGGCAGCCAUGGAAGAGAGGUACAAAAAGUAUCUUGGGAAGGCCAAGUCUGUCAUCAAGACACUUGACCCCAAGCACAACCCAGCUCUGGUUCCUGAUGUCUCAAACCUCAGGUCGACCAUCCAUGAAAAGGAACGCAUUAUUGAGAAUUUGGAGCGUGAAAAUGAGAAGACCAAAAUGAUACGUGAUAUGGAAGAAAAGCUGAUUACCACUGCCUUCUACAAUUUUGGCAUGCAAAUGCACAGGCAGAUGAUAAAUCAGCGGCUCACCACGAUGGACCAAGGUCAGUCCUUCCUCUCACGGCAACGCCAGGCAUCUUCCCGUCGUGUCCCUAUGGGUAGCAAUGUUGGCAACAGACAUACUCCGUCCAGUAGUCAGUUUGAAGACAUGCGGAUCAGCUGACUCCGUGUGUGCUCGUAGUGCAGAAUAGAUAGUAUUAUACAAUCAAAUCUUUCAAAUUAGGAUAUCAAUGUGAUAAAUAAAAUUUCUGUAUUUUCAGCAAAGUAUUGAAUUUUACAGCAAGGGAAUUAAUGAAUAGAAAACAAGCAUGUUUAAAAUGCCGUUAUUAAACAAAUGUAUGUUUCUUUACUGUUUCCAAAUUUGAUUUCUCAAUGUAAUACUGAGACAGCAAAAUGGGUUGGAGUAAAAUAUGAAAAGGAUGGGCAUUGACUGAACCCCUUUUAAGUUUUGAAUCAUAUUUUGGUUCUAUAAAGUUGUAGUUAGCUUUUAAAUAAGUUACCUUAGUUACAAAACGAGUUUAGUUAGCACCUCACCAUGGAGAAUUUCUGCACAGGGUGUUGGCACACAAAUGAAUGACAGAGAGCAAUAAUAUAUCUAACCUGCACAAAAUUUGGAGACUGUUUGAUUCUGGCCAAGCUUUAAGUUUUGCCUGUGCUCCAAUAUGUUACCUUUGGGGGGAGUCUAGAAAAGACACUGACCAAAGAAUGAUGGGAUGAUUCUUUCAUAGCAACAUUGCAUAUCAAUUUUCACACUGAUUAUAUGAUGUGCUAAGUGAUUAUUAGUGUAUUAUUAUUUUUUUUUUGUAUGAAGUAAUUAAAAAAAAAUAUGAUUCAUGUGCUCUAUCCAAGCAGCAUUGUUGCACAAACUUGUUUCACAUUUUUAAAUUUUACAAGCUUGAAUUACUCUAUGUAAAUUGUUCUAUGUUGUGUAUGUUGCAUAAUAUUAAAGAGUAUAUGAAAAUGGUACUUAUAAAUGACAUGUACUCAUAUAAAUGUGAUAUCUGAAAGUAAGUGUUGAGUUAAUAAUUUGGAGAUAUACUUACAUGAGCAUACCAAGUGUCCAAAAUGUAUUUUGUAAGUAAUUGAUGUAGAGGUGUGGGAAUCCUUUUUCUAAAAAGUGUAAACAGUGUCCCUGUUAUAAACUUCUCCAUAUGUUUAACAAUUUUACUUUAAGUCUUCUGUUCUAUAUACUUGGAUAGCUACUAAAUUUUCAGUUACUUGGGAAGAUGGCAAACCAUAUAUAUAUGGCAUCAGGAUAUGAAGUGCUGUCAUUUAAAUGCAGGUUAUUCAUGCCUUCCUACUUUAGGUUUUAAGGUUAAGCUAUUGGUUAGGUUUUAUAAUGUAGAAAAGUCUAAAUAAAUAAACAUUAGUUAUCUA